AUGGCCAUGAAUAUAUGUGCCCUCAUUAUCGCUGGCCUUGUCUCAAGCGUAAUCUCCUUUGCUUCUGCCACACCAGGAACAGCCACUUUCUAUUCAAGUUAUACACCAUCGGCAUGUUAUGGCAAUCAGAACCACGGGGUGAUGGUAGUUGCAGCCAGUGAUCCUCUCUGGAACAAUGGAGCCGUAUGCGGCAAACAGUUCAAAGUGACAUGCACUGGGCCAACAAAUGCCGUGCCACAACCUUGCACUGGCAAAACUGUGUGGGUGAAGGUUGUUGAUCACUGUCCGGGGUGUGGAGGAACCCUAGAUCUCUCGAGAGAAGCCUUUGCCACCAUUGCCAACCCGGUGGCCGGAAUAGUCAAGAUUGAUUACCAACAGUACUGA